AUGCAAGCAUUCAUCCGUUUAUUCCUGAGAUUGUUCAGGGCGAUAGAACCGAUAGAGCAGAACUGCCCCAACGGCGAGUUGGCGGCACAGAAGACGACAGAUUUCGGCCUCACCAUGGACCAGGUCCACGCAGUUGAGCCGGAUUGGAGCCGCUUCGAUGCCUACAAGGUGUUUUCGGGUUUCGACCCGACAGCAGCUGAUGUCAGCUCCAAUCUUCGCGAGCCGUUUCUCAAACGAGUGCAGGUUUCGCACCUAUUGCCCAGCGCCUCUGACAUCAAGGCUCUACUGCGGCAGGUGGUUCCACCUCAGGUCAGCGCGGUGCUGCUGGCGCUGGCCAUUGGCAUGGGCCCAUCUGAGUUCAAAGAGCUGCUGGUGCCUCCACCAGGCGAGACGGGCGCAUAUCUGGGAUUCGUAUUUGGGACGGCAAAGGAGCUCGGCAAGGGCUUCGUCCCUCUGCAGAUGAUCUCGCUGGGUGGUCGAAUGCUGAAUGUG